CAAGUGGAGAAGUGGAGGAGGAGUGGAGAUGAUAGGGAGGAGGUGGAGGAGAUUGUGGGGGUGGUUGGGGGGGUUGGGGUGACCUUCUAAGGGACACCACCACCACCGCCACCACCUGAUCCUCACACACACACACACGUACACACACACACGCACACACAUUGAGAGAAGCCGAGAGGUGAGGCGGAGGGGCGGGUAGUCUCCCUCCUCUCACACCUUAUUUUCUCCAUAUACACGCCCUCCACGCCCACACGCCACCCACACAGCGAUGGAGGUGCUUAUGAAAGAUGAGCGGGAGGACGUCCAGAAGAAGACUUUUGCCAAAUGGAUCAACUCCCAGCUUGCCAAGGGUCACCACCCCCCAGUCACUGACCUUUUCUAUGACCUUCGAGAUGGCACACGACUUCUGGCACUCCUCGAGGUCCUCACCGGCCGCCAAUAUAAGCGGGAGAAAGGCCGGAUGAGAGUUCACCACCUGAACAACGUGAGCCGAGCCAUGGCAGUGCUGGAGGAGAGCAGUGUCAAAUUGGUGAAUAUUUCCAACGAGCACAUUGUCGACGGCAACGCGAAACUCACCUUGGGACUCGUGUGGGCUGUUAUCCUUCACUGGCAGGUCCAGGGUGUGCUGAGGGAUGUGAUGGCAGACCUUCAGCAGACCAGCCUGGAGAAGACCCUGCUGGCUUGGUGCAGACAGACCACUAAGGGUUACCAAGGAGUGGAGAUUGACAACUUCACCACCAGCUGGUCCGACGGUCUGGCCCUGAAUGCCCUGAUCCACUCCCAGCGUCCCAGACUGUUUGAAUGGACCGUUGUGGCCCGCAAGCACCCCCUGGCCAGGCUGGACCACGCGUUCAGGACUGCCCAGGACCAUCUCGGCAUUGAAAGGCUGCUCGACCCUGAAGACGUCAACUCGCAGGUUCCGGACAAGAAAUCGAUCAUGAUGUACGUGAUGUGUCUCUUCCAAGCCUUGCCACACGACUCCCUCACUGUGGAGGCUCUGCAGGGGGCCACCGGGGGACUCCAGGCGGGCAUGGGGGCUGCUGCUCUCUCCCCGGAGGGUAGUGGCGGUGGUGGUCGGCCCCUGUCCACAGUAAGCAUUGGUCUGGGGGGUUACCAGCGCACCCUGGAGGAGGUACUGGGGUGGCUCCUGGGGGCUGAGGACAGACUGGCUGCGAUGCCCCCGAUUGCUGACUCCACACACGCUGUAAAGGACCAAUUUCAUGACCUUGAGGAACUGAUGCUGGAUUUGACAGCUCGGCAGGGGGGUGUCGGGGAGGUGCUGGGGGAGGGCUCGAGACUCCUGCGGGAGGGGGUGAUGGAGGAGGAGGAGGAGGAGGAGGUGCGUGUCCAGAUGAAGCUUCUUAACACACGGUGGGAGGAGCUUCGAGUGCGCGCCAUGGAGAGACAAGCCAGACUGCACCACACUCUAAUGGCCCUGCAGGAAACACAGCUGGACGCACUCAAACGCUGGCUCACACUUACAGAAGAGAGGAUUGCCAACAUGAGCCAGGUAGGGCCAUCCACCUCAGCGCUCCGCCAGCAGGUUGCUGCCCACCAGGAGCUGCAACAUGACCUGGAGGCAGAGCAGAGUAACAUUAAUUCCCUCUCCAACAUGGUGGUGGUGGUGGAUGAGGCCAACUCCGACUCUGCCUAUUCAUCGCUGGAGGACGAACUGAAUGCUCUUGGGGAACGCUGGGCCCACAUCUGUAGGUGGACCGAGUCUCGCUGGUCCACUCUGCAGACACUCUCCCAGCACUGGCCAAGGUUCGAGGAGGAGGUGUCGGCCUUGAAGGAGUGGCUGAAGGAUAAGGAGAAGGAUCUGAGGGACUUCGAGAGUGAUCCUGCCACUGAAGAGGAGAAAUUUAUGCGUCAGGCCUCUUAUCUACAGGUGGUGGAGGCGGAGAUGGACCUGCAGCAGCGGCGGUUUGACGGACUGCAGGACCUUAGCGGCAAAAUCCUUAUCCACAUCCCUGAGGAGAGCCCAACACACACGUCACUCCCACAGCAAUUGGAGGACCUUCAGGACAGAUUGGAUCUCUUAGCCAGCAUUAUUGAAGCUCAGACUGCCAGGCUGUCAGCAUGUGGCAUUGACAUCAGCAAGGUCGCAGCCCCUGUGCAGGUCAGCAGUGGUGGUGGCGGUGGUGGUGGUGGUGGUGAGGUGGUAAGGUCAGCCACCACCACCAUCACCACCAAGGACGCCAGCACCACCCUCAUCACCAAGGUCGUCACCACUAAGGUCACAGAGACGGUCUCGGCCAGCUCCGCCAAGAGACAGAAACUUGAAGGCGGAACACAGGUGGACUUUUCUGUGGCCUUGGCUAAGCUGGGGGAGUGGAUGGGUGGAGUGGAGGGCAAGGUGGACCAGGGAGAGGUGGACCAACUGCCACUCCACCAGCUGUCCCUCCUCCAUGACCAGCUGCAGGCGGAGGUGGAGAGUCAGCAAGACGAAUACAACAAAGUAGUUAGUCUUGGCGAAUCUGUGGUCUCGGAGACAGCCACUAUUGGAGAACCCUGCUGUGGGAGUGAGGAGGCACUGCGGAGGUGACACAGCGCUGGGAGGCCCUUACACACAUGCUGCGGGAGAUCAGGUGUCGCAUGACCUUCUUAACGACCCGAGAUAAGGUCAACACAUACCUGGCUGACCUUGAGAGGAGGCUGGGACAAGAGGAAGAAGAAUCCAAGAUCAAAGUGGAGGAGGUGGAGGAGGUGGAGAAACAAGUGGAGGAGCUGCGAAGAGAGGUGGAGGAGGUGGAGGAAAGGUGGAAGGAGGAGAAACAGACUUUGCUUCAAAAAGUGGAGGAAAUUUUGGCCAAGUGGAAGAAACAUGGAGAAAGAACACUAGAGGACAUGGAGGUCUCAAUCACAGCACAAGAAUCACUCGUCUCAGGCACACCACAGGAAGUUUUAGCCCCCCCAGCACCUCCACAGCCCCUCACAGCCCCAGGACCCCAUACAGCCCCUGAAGGAGGCUGUGGGGGCUUCUAGGGCCUGGCUGGAGGGUCUAGAAGCUGCCCUGGGGUCUAAAAAAGGAGGAAUUGUCAGGCAGUUGUCAGUGAUGGAAGAAAAA